AUGGCAAUGGGAAGUUCUUUGCAAGGCUUUGCAGCAGCUGCAUUAACUUUACCUGGGCAGGGACAUGUUCGAAGUUCCAGGAUUUGCAGAGGUGCUAGUGGUCCACGAGCGCUUGUGGCCACCAAAAUCCCAACAGAAGUGCUGUUAGCAGCCAAUCAUGGCGUGGAAUGGUGGGAAGAAUCUGAAGAAGGUGAUGCACACUGGCGAUGUGUGCGGAAAGCGAUGGAUCAAAGCUUAGGCUCUCCACUCUUCUCUUUGGCCAUUGAUGAGGACACCAAGGCCGUGGCUGUCGGAGGCGGAGCAGGUCGUGCCACAAGCAUCUUUGGGCCUCAAGGUGACUGGCUAACACAGCUGCAAGGGCACACUGGUUGGGUGCGCGAUGUGCUGUUCUAUGACAAACAACUCUUCAGCAUUGGCUGCAACUUCAUCAAGGUUUGGAGGCCCAAGGGGCCGACUGAUGCGAAACUGCCCUACCAGCGCUGGGGAAGCUGUUUGCAUGUGGGAGAUCUCGAGGCCUCAGCUGAUCUUUUGACGCUGGCAGUCUGCAGUGGCGCCUUGUUUGCUGCUGGUGCCGGAUUGCAAAGGCAUCGUUGGCAGUUGCCGAGCCCUCGGCUGAGGCCAAAGGAGUGGUUGGCCAAAGCGCAGGCCACUUUGCUGCAAGAGCCCAGCCUCCAUGAUGCCCGAGUCACACGUAUCACCACCUGGAAGAAGAGGUUGCUAUCUUGCGGUCACGAUGGUCAAGUUUGUUUGGAUGGACCUGAGCCCCGGAAAGCUAAGCUGGGCACUAGCCGGUUACUCUCCUUGGCCAUUCUGGAUGGAGAUCAUUUUGCCGUGGGCGCGGAGGACGGUACUAUCCACUUGCUGGAUUCGAACCUGCGACUGCUACACAGCACAAGGCAUUUGCAGAGAUUUCGAGACCGCGUCGCAGUGGCCUCGACGGCGGUGGAAAGGUUUCAAGUCGCCUCCUUGAAAAGUUUUUGUUGCGCUUGGUCUUGCGGUGUGGAGGUUAUUGCAGGGUCACUGAUGAGCAUCGAAGAUGCUGGAUUUGUGCAGAUGGGGGCCGUUGUGGGCUGCAUGUGUGUGGCGUUGAAUAUGUGGGUGUGCCAGGUCUUGCUGCAGAAUUGCCAUGUGCACUUGCAGUUGGGUGUGGGGACAGCAGAAAAAUGCUGCAUGCAGAACGCACAUGAAAGCACUGGCUCAAAGAGUCAUGCUGUCUACUGA